UUCAUACAGUUGCACGCUUUGACUCGUGACUUGACAAGGGAGCAGGGCGCUGCCGGGCGUCGAGCGGCAAGCCCCGAUUUUUAGCAGUCAGACUCCUUCUUAAUACGUGCAUGGUUCAUCAUACCAAGACGUAGUGCAGGGGUUAUUCAACGAGGACGAAGAGGCCAUGAUGCGGCUGCGCGGGCCAGGACAAUGCACAGCCAACACGCGCAAGCCUAACCUUAAGAACAUCGUUGUCUCCCGGCCAGUGCGGACCGGCGCGGUCGCCUGCAGAGCCAUGCUUCCUGUCGGUGUUCCCAUAAGCGUCUUGACGGACAGUUACAAGGCGACACACUUCCUGCAAUAUCCUAAAGCUCAGAAGAUGGUCGCGUAUGGCGAGUUCCGUCAAGGAUUCAAUAAGGAUAAGACAGACACACGUUUGGUGUCCUACGGCAUGCGGUACCUAGUUGAAACCUAUAUCAGCCGGCAGUGGACGAUGGAGGACGUGGAGAUGGCCGACGCGUUCUACCGGACGCAUAUGGCGCCAAACCACACGGCGUUUCCCUUCCCGCGCGCCCUCUUCGAGAAGUUCGUGCGGGAAAACAACGGUUUCUUCCCCGUGAAGUUGGAGACGUUGCCCGAGGGCACUUGUGCACAUGUGCGGGUGCCCGUGUACCAGAUCACCGCGGUCGGCGAGUACGCGCCGCUAUGCACGUUCUUGGAGACCAUCCUGACCAUGAUCUGGUACCCCACCUCCGUCGCAACGCUCUCCCGCCGCGCGCGCGAUGUGGUGGAGGCCAGCUUCGCGCGCACUAGCGACGGCGGCGUGGGCAGCCCGCUGGUGCAGAGCAAGCUGCACGACUUCGGCUUCCGCGGCUGCACCGGCGUGGAGCAGUCCAUCAUCGGCGGCUGCGCGCACUUGCUCAGCUUCACGGGCAGCGACACCAUGUCGGCGGCCUUCUACGCGCAGUUCAAGCUGAACGGCGGGCGGCCUGUGGCGAUGUCCAUCCCCGCCACGGAGCACAGCGUCAUGACGGCCUGGCCCACCGAGGCCGCUGCCAUGAACAACAUGAUCGACCACUUUGGCACCGGCAUCUAUGCCUGCGUCAUGGACAGCUACGACUACGCCAAGGCGCUGUCGGAGGUGCUGCCGUCCGUGUCGGUGCACAAGCUGAGCAAGGGCGGCUACCUGGUGCUGCGGCCAGACAGCGGCGACCCCACGGAGGCGGUGCUCAUGGCGCUGGCGGCGGCGGAGAAGGUGUUUGGCACCACGCGCAACGGCAAGGGCUUCAAGGUCAUCCCCGGCUGCGGCGUCAUCCAGGGCGACGGCAUCGAUUUGCCCACCAUGGAGAAGAUCGCACUCGCAAUUGAGGCCGCGGGCUACGCCGCCGACAACGUGUCUUACGGCAUGGGCGGCGGGCUGCUGCAGAAGGUGAACCGCGACACCAUGUCCUUCGCCACGAAGCUCAACCACAUCAUCUACGAGGACGGCCGCGCCGCCGACAUCAUGAAGCAGCCGCAGACCGACACCGGCAAGUUCUCGCUGCCAGGCGUGCUGGCGGUGAAGCGCGUGGACGGCGUGCCCACGGUGUUCCCCGCCGACAGCGGCGAGGUGGCCCCGCACGAGAACCUGCUGCGGGUGGUGUACGACUGCGGCCCGCUGGCGGGCGUGUGGGAGGACUUCGACACCGUGCGCGCGCGUGUGGCGGCGGAGUGGACGGCGCUGCCCAAGACGUCGGACAACAUCAGCGCCAGCCUGAAGGAGAAGGUGCGGCAGCAAAUGGCGCUACGCGGCAAGGUGCCGGCGUUGGCCCACUAGAGCUCGAGCGCGCCCGGGGCGGUUGGGCGCGCUUGGGGCGCCUGUGGGCUCGCAGGAGCGCGUGGAGGGCGCUGACGGAGCGCUGACGGAGCAAGGGCUUGGUGCUUCAAGCGGUGGCAUCGGCGGCGGCAGUUGCGAAGCAGCGGCAGGCACAUCUGUGAGUGCCGGGUCGCGGGUGAGGAUCAGUGCAGCACGGCGCAGUUGCUGGCGCACACCGAGGACCGCGCGUUUGUUCGCGACAUGCGCGAAGAACCCAGAUCGACAGCAUACUCGCCGUAUUUUAUGAUGGCACGGAGGGUGAUGCACUGGAAACAAAGAGCAGCGCGCCAGAGUGGAAGCGGCGCGACAGAAACGCAGAGGCAAUAAGCGUGGCGUGCGGUGCGCGGGGUUCAUGUGGCCUCGGCCUUCGCUGCGUUCGCGGAGGGACACCUGCGCGCACAGUGUUGGGGCCGGGUUGGAUGGGGAGGUGGCUAAGCGGCAGCUGGUGGGGAUGGGGGAAAUGGAGGGGGGGCUCUGACAAUUGGGUGGUGUGGGUAGUUGUUGGGCUGUGCUCGGGGUGGAUCAUCCCAGCGCCGUCUACCCAACACGCUCGCUAGUCAUCACAGGCUUUACGACUUGGUGGUUGGGCGGACAGGUGGUAGGAUACUGUUCAACGCAUGAGCGUGCGAACCAAGGUGGUUCCUAAUGUAGGCCGGUUCAGAUCUUUCAUUGUUAAUUUCAGCAUCAGGCACUGGGCGUAGGGUUGGCAGGUGCUUGCAGAAUGCUAUUAAAGGUUGGGAAUAGUAACCCAUCAAGGCUGGGAUAUGCAAGACUGGAGUGUCUUAUCCUAGUCGUGCUUCGCGCGCGCCGCGUCUGCAGGCCGACUGGCGAUAGCCAGCAUUGCGUGCCGUCUGGAGCAGAUCGUUGAGCAAGGGAUGGCGGGACAGGUUUUGGACUGAAAGUUCUUCAGGCCCGGGAUGGGCGGUGUGAUCAUCGGAAUGACCCGAGUGUUUCAAACAGUGCUGCACAUGGCGUCACCUGAGCGAAUGAGGUCUCCUGAUGACCAUGCAGAUUGCGCAGGGCUGCGUGGGGCCCUGCAUGGCAUUUGAAGCAUGGUAUGAACAUGUGAAAUGGUACUACGUGGUGUACGGGGUGCAGUGCGUGUCGAGUGCAGCGUCCGCUCGCUCCGUGCUUCGAAGCGGUGUGCGAGUGAUGCUGUCCACCAGAACGCGGUCGGUAUGGGAGCAUGGGACACGUGCUAACGGCCGGCGUGCGUUAUGGGAUGUAAUUGAGGUUGAGGACUGUAAGAGCGUGUGACAAGUGGGCGCAGUGGCAUUGGCAAUGGGACCUGAGAAAUGGAGGGCGUGCGACCAGCGCGCAUUCCAGCUGUAAUGGCGGCGGAAG